UUUGACGAGCACGGGCAUAGGUCUGUUUGUAACGUAAAAUCGUCUACCGGCUGACGGUCUAUAUUUAACGAUAAAAUUCAACAAUAACAUAUUUACUAUGACACUUUUUUUUCUCUCUUAUUACGGCUUAUUUAUACUGCAUAUUUAAUUAAUAAUAAUACAUAUUAUACGUUAAACGUGGUACGAGUGGAGUGAAUAUACUGAGAGCAUGUCUUGGUCGGACGACCGUGCCGUGGACACAGUCCACUGGAAAAUCCUUAAAAACCAUCUUAAACCUAAUGUAUGGCCUACAUCUCGGGAGUUGUUAAAAUACAAGCAAGAACUCGAUACUUCCAGACACGCUGAUCUGAAUCAAUUGGCCAGUUCGGUACAAGAAAUGAAAAAAAAACUGUCUUAUUUGAAAAAAACUGCAUUAGACGUAAAUAAAAUCAAAAUAGUAGGGUUUGACAAUUUUCGAAAUGAUAUAAAAACAUUUGAGUCGAAGCUGUCAAAAUUAAAAGAAGGAUGCUCAAAAAAAUUACGAGAGGAAAACCUUAAGCAAUCUGCGAUGUUUGAAGAAAUUGAGAGAGUGAAGCAAUUAGCACUACAGGAUGUAGUUUCAAAGCCACACGUCGAUACUAUUAGUAAAAAAAAGAAAGAAAUAAAAACUAUCAAGAGAGUCCCGAUUUCAAAAAAUACAUACUCUUCAAAAGAAAUAGCGGAUUUCUAUGAUUUCUGUGAACGUAAUUACGGUCUUACGGGAGGUUGGUCUAGCAAAGAUCACGAAACAUUUUUAAAGAUUCGUUCUAAACAUACCGAUGAUGUGGAUUUCAUAAAUCAUGUUGUACAAUCAAUGCCACAUAUUACCGAACAUGCUGCACGUGAACAUGAAAAUUGGUUCGUAAAAUUUGAAGAACUUAAAACUAAACAAAAAGAAGCUAUAAUGAAGUGGAAAAAGGAAAAGAAAAAUGUUAUUAUGCCUGACUAUAAUACAAAUAGUUGUGAAAUAUUGAGAAAAGAUACAGACAAUGAUCCAGAAAUCACCCAGAAAUUUUCCAGUGAUAAUUGGGAAAAACAAAAAAAUGUAAAUGACAAUAUCAAUAAAUCUCAAAUCGAAAUAAUUGAAUCGAAAACACUCGAUAACUGUGAAAAAACUUUGCUAAAGCGAUUUAGGGAAAAAGAUAAAAGAUAUGUAGAAUCUAAAAAAACAAAUAAAGAACGACUGGAACGUCAACGUAAAUUGGACCAAUUUACAAUAGUUACUAUGCAUGGAAAUCCAGAAAAAUGUGAUGAAAUAGAAUCGUUAGAAAAACUUCCAAAUGUUCACUUAAGUAUUUAUGGUGUACAUAAUCAAGACGUGAAAGUGGUGUUAAAAUACCAAUAAGCCAUAAAAUAUUGGAGAAAUUGUUUAUUUUUUUAAAUUUUUUUUUAUACUAUUAUUGUUAUAAAAUAUACAUUUUCAUAAUUGUAAAUAAAAAUAAUUCAUCAAUAAUUGUAAAUGAUUAGUUCUUAUAAUAUUGUGUACAAAUAAUAAUUAAUACAUUGGUAACCAGUUAUAAUAAAUUAAUACUCUUCAGUUACCUAAUGGGAAUCAAUAUGCCUACAACUUGUACUUCUAUUACACUUAAAGACAUCUUCAAAAACUGUCUAUCAUAUGAAAAAGCAAGAUUUAAGUCUUAAAGAUAUAUCGAUCAAUUAUUUCGAGCGUUAUGGAUUUAUAAAUAUAUUAAAUUUCAUGAUGGAUAGGGACAUUAUCCUUGGGUCACGGGGAUGAAGCCUACAUGUGAAUUUAGAAAAGCAUGUGGAAUGUUGUUGAGCACGGAGAGCAGGGAACAGAUCCAUUUAGUUCUAGUAUAUUUAUAAAAAUGUAAUUAAAUGUAUUUAGACGUUUUAUGUAAGUAUAUUAAGAUAUAUAAUAUAUAUACAUAUAUACUGUGUAGAGACGGUAUAUUAUUAUUAAUAUUGCGGUUAUUCGUUACCUAUAAUAUAAUAAGUUUAA